AUGGCUCGAGAGCCACCCCAGAGCCAGGAAACAGUACCCACGAGCCCCCUGGACUUGGACGGGCGAACCCUCGAAGGCGGGGGACAGCUCGUUCGCAUCGCUGUCGCGCUCGCCGCUCUCACCGGCCAAGCCAUCCGGAUCAACCAUAUUCGAGGAAAUCGACCAGGCAAAAAGGGCCUGAAAGGCUCGCACAUUGCCGCGAUCAAGUUUCUCGCCGAACUCAGCGGCGCAACUGUGUCGGGGGUGGAGUUGGGAUCGUCAACGCUGACCUUCAGUCCUCCAUCACCGCAGGGCCGCAGCGUCGCGGUCAGGUCUGAUAUCCAUAUCGAACAGGCCACGGCAGGAUCCGUGUUUCUCGUUUUCCAAGCCCUAUAUCCUUAUCUCUUACAUGCUGGGACGAGGUCGCCGACGACUCCGCAUCCAAUCACGCUCACCAUCACCGGUGGAACCAAUGUGUCGUUUUCGCCAUCAUUCGAUUACGUGGCGCAGGUGCUAGUCCCCAACUUGGCACGGAUCGGGUUGCCCUCUCUCGAGGUCUGUCUGGACCGUCGUGGGUGGGCGACGGGGCCAAUUAAUCUAGGAAAGGUGACGAUACGGGUGGAUCCAUUGCGUCGCCGCGAAGACAGCAACGAUAGCCCAAUUUCCCCCUUGCCGUCCAUUGACCUGGGGAAUCAUCGGCGGGGAUCGGUUACCCAGAUCGAUAUUACGGUCCUUGCACCGGAUAACCCGGUUUUGGGACGGACAGGGAAGAGGACGGCCAGCCGUGGAGGGCGUCAUCAGCAUAUCUCUGACCAGGACUGGGAAAUUGGUCGUUCAGGUGAACCCACUGCUACAAUCCGCAACUGUGUUGAGAAAGAGGUCCUUGUAGGGCUGCAGAAGGGGAUGAGGACCCUACCCCCGUGGGUGCUCCAUGCGCAAAGCUCCUCAAGGGACGACGGUGAGAAGGGCGACAGCGUGCCUGUGCGGAUCCACACCAGCGAGGGUACUUGUCAUUUUUCGCACUUGUAUGUAUUAAUUGUGGCGCACACCUCGACCGGGUUCAAGAUCGGACAUGACGCUCUGUAUGGAGGCGCUAAGGGCGAACGGCGCCGGCGGCAGACUGGGGGCCAGGACCGCCACGCGUCCCGGGAAACGGUUGUGGCAGCUCGAGAGCUAGCGAAGGAUUGCGUGGCGGGAUUCCUCCGGGAAUUGUAUGAUGCACGCUUGCAAGGGUCUGCUUUGGACGGCGCUGGUGAUCGGCCUUGCGUGGACGAGUAUAUGCGAGACCAGGUGGUGGUCUUUGAAACGCUGGGAAGAAGAGUAGGGGGGAACGAACGGAUUUGUGGGGAAGAUGAGCGAUAUUGGAGUCUGCAUACGAGGACGGCGCAAUGGGUGUGUGAAGAGAUUCUGCAGAACUCCAAGAGAGGGACGGGGUGA